GUUCAAGAUGAGGAUAUCAACCCUCUUUGCGUGUUUGGCGUCACUAGCGCUUGCCUCAGCUGAUUCAUCCUCCAGCUCAGAGGAACAUAGUGGUUCCAGUGAAGAGAUAAUCACUGAAGCAGAAAUUGCCAGAGGCCCCAUCACAACACCCGCUCCAGAAGCACAUACAAUUACACCUAACACUUUGCAGACCCUUUUGGCUUGCGAAGAUGAAAGCAAAGAGAUCGUCUGUCCCCCUGAUACUGUGAUAUUAGUAGCUGACACCUUUUACGGUCGUGCGAACGCCAAUACCUGUCCUUACCCAGGAAAGAUCUCUAACCUCCACUGUAAAACACCUAACGCUCUAGCAAUGGUCAGAGCCAAGUGUGAAGGUGAAAUAAGAUGUACUUUAUCAUCAUUUAAUAAAUUAUUUGGCAACCCAUGUCCAGAAACUUACAAGUACCUACGAGUUGAUUACAUCUGUAGAAAGGAUGUGCACCCAACAACUACAACAGAACCUUCCACGACCAUCUCUGUCGUCAAAAAACCGAAAAGGAAAACAAAAUCGAGAUCCACUAAACCUCUUUCUAAUAUCGAAGAUCUACCCUCUUCUAUCCCAGAAGAACUCACAACAAUUACUGAAGAACCCACUACAAUUACAGAAGAACCUACAACUAUCACAGAAGAACCUACUACUUUUCCAGAAGAACCUUCUACUAUCCCAGAAGAACCUACUACUGUUCCAGAAGAACCCACAACAAUUACAGAAGAACCCACAACAAUUACGGAAGAACCCACAACAAUUACAGAAGAACCCACAACAAUUACUGAAGAACCCACAACAAUCACAGAAGAACCCACAACAAUUACUGAAGAACCCACUACAAUUACAGAAGAACCCACAACAAUUACUGAAGAACCCACUACAAUCACAGAAGAACCCACUACAAUUACAGAAGAACCCACAACAAUUACAGAAGAACCCACUACAAUCACAGAAGAACCAACUACAAUUACAGAAGAACCCACAACAAUUACAGAAGAACCAACUACAGUCACAGAAGAACCAACUACCGUUACAGAAGAACCCACAACAAUUACAGAGGAACCCACAACAAUUACAGAAGAACCCACUACAAUUACAGAAGAACCAACUACAGUCACAGAAGAACCCACAACAAUUACAGAGGAACCCACAACAAUUACAGACGAACCCACUACAAUUACAGAGGAACCCACAACAAUUACAGAAGAACCCACUACAAUUACAGAAGAACCAACUACAAUCCCAGAAGAACCUACUACAAUCCCAGAAGAACCUACUACAACUCCAGAAGAACCUACUACAAUCCCAGAAGAACCUACUACUAUCCCAGAAGAACUUACUACUAUUACAGAGGUACCCACUACUAUCACAGAAGAACCCACAACAAUUACAGAAGAACCAACUACCACCACAGAAGAACAAUCUACUACCCCAGUAUUAUCUACUAUUCCGGAAGAACUUUCUACAACAACUGAAGCAUUUAGCUCGGAAGAAUCAACAAAUUCGCAAGAAUCAACCAGCACUGCACUGGGCAGUUCUGAAGAAGAAAAUAUUUCAGACAAAUCCAAUAGUUCGGAGCAGUCCCAUAGUUCGGAGCAAUCCAAUAGUUCGGAGCAGUCCCAUAGUUCGGAGCAGUCCAAUAGUUCGGAGCAAUCCAAUAGUUCGGAGCAGUCCCAUAGUUCGGAGCAAUCCAAUAGUUCGGAGCAGUCCCAUAGUUCGGAGCAGUCCAAUAGUUCCAAGCAAUCCAAUAGUUCGGAAAAGAGUAGUAGUUGGGAGCAUGAUGAUACUUCAAAAAGCGUAAGUAGUUCGGAAGAGAACAGCAGUUCAGAAGACCAUCAUAGUUCAGAAAGUUCUGACAGCUGGGAAAAGAACAACACUUCGGAAGAACACAAUAGUUCAGAAAAUUCUGACAGCUGGGAAAAGAAUAACACUUCGGAAGAACACAAUAGUUCAGAAAGUACUGACAGCUGGGAACAGAACAACACUUCGGAAGAACACAAUAGUUCAGAAAGUCCUGAUAGCUGGGAAAAGAACAUCACUUCGGAAGAACACAAUAGUUCAGAAAAUUCUGACAGCUGGGAAAAGAAUAACACUUCAGAAGAACACAAUAGUUCAGAAAGUACUGACAGCUGGGAACAGAACAACACUUCGGAAGAACACAAUAGUUCAGAAAGUUCUGAUAGCUGGGAAAAGAACAUCACUUCGGAAGAACACAAUAGUUCAGAAAGUUCUGACAGCUGGGAAAAGAACAACACUUCGGAAGAACACAAUAGUUCAGAAAGUUCUGACAGCUGGGAAAAGAACAACAGUUGGGUAGACCAUAAUAGUUCAGAAAAUCAAGACAGUUGGGAAAAGAACAAUUCCUGGGAGGAUGAACAAAGCUCAGAAAAUCCUGGAAGUUGGGAAAAGAACCAUUCUUGGGAGCAUGAAGACAGCUUAGAAAAUCCUGGAAGUUGGGAAAAGAACAAUUCUUGGGAAGAUGAAGAAAGUUCAGAAAAUCCUGGCAGUUGGGAAAAGAACAAUUCUUGGGAAGAUGAAGAAAGUUCACACAAUCCAGGUAGUUGGGAAGAGAACAAUUCUUGGGAGCAUGAAGACAGCUCAGAAAAUCCUGACAGUUGGGAAAACAACUCUUGGGAAGAUGAGGAUAAUUCCGAUAAUGACGAUAGCUCAGAGAAGGAUUGGGAAGAUGAAGAUCAGCAAGGUAGCUACGAAGAAUCAUUUAGUCCUGAAGUAAAUGAUGAGAAUUUAGGAAGUACUAUUGUAAACAAAAUUAAAGCUCCAUGGCGGCCAAUAGUAACACUAGGAGCAAGGCCAUACAACCCGAAACACUAUCCCAUUGUUGUACCUGUUGAACCGACCCGUGACGGAACGACAAUAAUUAUUAAAUCUAAAAGUUUCAAUCCUUCUUAUUCAUCAUUAAGUCCAGGCCAGAUUAAUGUAAUGUACCCAUCGGCUAGUUUUGGUUCCAAAAAGGUCGUGGCACACAUUCCCCCAUCGGUUGGACGAAGUCGUCCAUUGACAGUAAUCGUAACCCUUCCAAAAGGAUGGAACGGCGACCGCAACAUUAAAAUCAUCCUCGAAACACCGAAAGGAGAAUUACCUCCACAGCAGGUUGUUAUACCUUUGCCAGCGGCUGAGGAAGAUAACCUCCCAGAAGAGGUACAACCAAAGCCCGAUAAUGGCGUAGUCACAGUUUUGCUCCCAUCCGAGGACAACCUCGACAGACAGCAAUUCACAAUGGUGUAUUUACGCCCGAAGACCAAACAGCUGACUCACAUCCCAGUCCAUUACGUCAGACCAGCAAAGCUGUGCCCUAUCAUAAGUUACGCAGAUCCGAAGUGUCAAGCAGACACUCAACGGUCUGGACAGUACAGAAGUCAGCCGGUAGCCAACAACCCAAAUGGUAUCGUAGGUCUCCUGUCCCGAUUCGCAGUCCAACCACAACCGGUCCAAGUUUUGUAUAAAACUGAAAAUGGUCCGUUGCAACUUGGUUCACCUUCUGCUUUCUGUUCUCCAAUUAACAGAGCAUUAGGUAUUUGCCAAUGAGCGUAAACUUUUUUCAACAAUUGUACAAGGUUUAGUUUGCUUCGAUAACAUUUUAAACUGUAUUCCCCUUAAUAUUAUUAAAAAUUGUUCAUAUAGACUUAAUAUUUAUUUUAAUUGUCUAUAAGAAAAUACAAAAAUAGGUUAUAAAAUAAUGAAUGCAUCCCAAGUAUUCCUUAGUAAACAAUUUACUACACUACCAUCAUAGUAUUACUGAUCAGGCUUGACACGGAAAAAAAAAGUUUUUUUAAAAAGUUCUGUAGAUUUCUCUAAAAAGCCGAUAUAAAAAAAUGUUGUUAUCAUAGCUACUCAAAUAAAACACACAAAAGAAUUAUGUGUAAUUAACUUCAGACAAAUUAUAACUCUAAUCUAAGCCCAGUUACACUGUUUAUUUAUUACUUAAUGGAACUUUUUUUAAGUAAAUCUAGAACUUUAAUAACAAAAAAAUUCUUACAACUUCUAUUUUACGAACUUUUUUCCUAAAAGUUCUAUGAAAGUUUCAACCCCUGGUACUAAUGGAUACUCAACAUUCACUGGAAUAUCUUGAGAUUGUAGGGACAAAUUCUUUACUACACGAAUCAUUCUCAUUUUCAGAACCUUGUGCUAUUGUAAAGAGAAUAAUAAAUAUGGAUAUUUAA